AUGGACUACAAUUCAUUACUUUUACAACAUUUAAACCAAGAUAAGUUUCUUAUUCCAUCAAAUCUAAAAUUUGGCAUCAUGGAAUGUGCUAAAUUUAACCCAAGUUACAUAUCUAAAUGGCUUAAUCAAUUAGAAGAAUUAUCCUUUGAUAGAGAUAUAACAACUCUUUUAGAUUACAAGAAAUUACUUAUUGCUGCAACCAGCGGUCCAGCAAGAGACUUCACCAAACAAUAUUUUACAACUUUCACAGUUCCAUUUUCAUUCUUAAAUUUCAAACAAGAAUUUUUAACUCAUUUCGGUGGUAUAGAUUACAUCGAAAAUUUUUAUUCCCUAUGGUACAAUUUACAACAAACAUCAGAUAUUGACCAAUUCAACACCUUCUUUUACAACCUAUAUGUACAAGCACCAGUUCCCUUACAAGAAACAGAAGUCAAAGCAAGAUAUUUACACGCUUUAAAGCCAGAUCUCAAAUACAAAGUUCAAGCAUUAUGUCCUGAAAAUACACUUUCAGCAAUGAAACUUGCUCAAUUACAACAAGAACUGAUAAACAAUGAUUUACUUCACAAUCAUAUCGAUGAAAACAACAGCUUCUCAUCACAAACUUCUCAUGAUUCCAACUCCAUUCAUGGAUCCAACUCCAUUCCAAAUAAUGAAUCAAAUCAAUCCUUCGUCGGUGAUUACCAUGAACAACAAUCAAAUCCUGAACUGCUUCAUAUCGGGUACAUUUCAAAACUUAAAAAGUAA